AAUUUAUUUUCCAAAGAUCCACCCGGCUGCAUCUCGGGCUCUGGAGAUUCAUUUGAAGUGACAACAGCCUAGAUAGGGAGCCCCGCUUGGGGAGUGUGAUUGGGUCGGUGCGGAGCGGGCCUCCAAGGGCUCUAAGUGGAAAGCGCACUAGAAACUCGCAGUCGUCUCGCGCUGCUCCCGCGGUGACCGUCCGCCCGGAGUGGGCCUGAUGUGUCUCUGAUCCUACGGGACCCACUGCAGGGCAGUGUGACCCCGAUGCCGAGUGGCUGGACCUCUGGUCACACUGAACUGAGUGUGGAGGGAGGGAGCCUGGAGUUCAAAGGUCAGAGGUUAUUGUGGUGAGCUGUGGGUGGUCAAAAGUAGGCUGAGGUGAAGACGGCCGGGUGGGUGCAGACCCGUGGACGCGGGCGAAGGGGGACGCGUGGUGCCCGGGGAGCAGGGACACUGAGCGAGGACAGAGGAGGCAGGAGUCUGCUGGAGAGGAAGGGACCUCUGCCCAGACCGCGGCCUGCCGCUCAGUCUCUCAGCCCGGCCUCCUGCAGCUGCACCCCAUGGCCUCGCCCUCCAGACAGCCCCCCCUCGGGGGCUCAGGGCUGCUUCGCGGGAGCCGCGCUCGCUCUUACGGAAGCCUGGUGCAGUCUGCCUGCUCCCCGGUGCGGGAGAGACGCCUGGAGCAUCAGCUGGCGCCCGGAGACACGCUGGCGGGGCUGGCGCUCAAAUACGGGGUGACGAUGGAGCAGAUUAAGCGAGCAAACCGCCUUUAUACUAAUGACUCCAUCUUCCUGAAGAAAACUCUCUACAUCCCCAUCUUGACAGAGCCCAGAGACCUCUUCAAUGGUUUGGAUUCUGAGGAGGAGGAGGGCGGAGAGGAAGAGGGGCAGCCCAGCCAGGAUGCCAGGCGGCCACUGCGGGCUGAGAGGAGACAUCAGGAGACUGACUCACACCUGGCCAACAGUGAAGCCGUCCCUGCACCUGGUCAGGAGCCCACCCAUGACCUCUCAGCCUCGGACUUCCUGAAGAAGCUGGAUUCACAGAUCAGCCUGUCCAAGAAGGCCGCUGCCCAGAAGCUGAAGCAAGGGGAGAACAGGGUGCCUGAAGAUGAUUCAGCUCAUCCUCUGAACUCCCCGCGGUUACAACAACGUGCUGUCCUAGGUCCUGUGCCUCUGACCCGGACCUCUCGGACCCAGAUCAUUCGAGAUCAGGAGGAUGAAAUCUUCAAACUGUGAUGUCUCCAGAGCUUCUGGAGAGAAGCAGGAUAAGCAAGGAGCACCUUGAGGGGGAGAGGAGCCUGAGGUGAGGCUCAAGACCCAGCCCACCUCUGUCACCCCUGCCAGCUUCUCCAGCCUCUUUCCUGGGAAGAGUCGCUAGGUCUGGCACUGUCUUGCUGAGGAGUGGAGUGUCUGGGUGAGGGGUACCUUUCCAGACAGAAUGUAGAUGUGGCUUGUAAAUUCCCAGACUCUUUAUAUCCCUGUUGUUUCUCCCACCCUCUCGCCACCCCUUGGCCUUAGAGCAGGGAGACAGAGACAACCCUCCUUCAGCCUCCCAUUUCCUCCCCCUCUAUACCUGUAUUAUCUAAUUUAUUUGGUGCUAUGUCAAAGUCAUAUUUAUUUGCUGUAUCUUGCUCCUUCCCACCCUUAGCUGAAAAAAUUUUUCCAUCUGGAAUUUCUAGAGUUUGGGGGCCAAGGAGACCCAGGAACUGUUGGUCCCCAUACCUUUCUUAGCUCUGAGAGAAGCCCAACCAUAGCCAUAGUGCAUGGUGGACUCUGCAGUGGUACUUCUCCCCAGUCUCAGAGUAAAGGAUGCUGGCUCUGU